AGUUUCAGUUUAGUCGUGAUACUCAAAUCAACAAGGCAGUUAUUAGGUUAAUAGAAAGUGGUGCUGUUAUUAAACAAGAAUGUCAAAUAAAAAGAUUGGAAUAAUUGGAAGUGGUCUCAUUGGUAGAUCAUGGGCCAUGAUCUUUGCUGCCGCCGGUUACAAAGUCUCCCUCUACGACAUAAAUUCCGAACAAAUUGAUGUAGCACUCGCAGAUAUCAAGCAACAAUUGCAGGCUUUGGAAAAAGAAAAAGUCCUCAGGGGAACACUUACUGGACAACAGCAAUUCGCCCUUAUUUCAGGAACAACCACUCUCGAAGAAGCUGUAAAAGAUGCUACGAUUGUGCAAGAAUGUGUUCCAGAAGUCCUUGACUUGAAGAGAAAAGUUUGGAAACAAGUUGACGACAUUGUUUCACCAAAUACGAUUUUGUCGAGUUCCACUUCUACUUUUAUGCCAUCGCUAUUCAGUGACCAUCUUAAAAAUAAAAAAAAUAUAAUUGUAUCUCACCCAGUCAACCCGCCCUACUACGUUCCUGUUGUGGAAGUAGUACCUGCUCCAUGGACCGACCCGGAAGUUGCCAAGAAAACUAGACAAAUCUGGGAAGAAGUUGGACAGACUCCAGUUUCCCUUACCAAAGAAGUUCCUGGAUUUAUUAUCAACAGACUACAGUACGCCCUCCUUAAUGAAGCCUGGCAUCUAGUCACUGACGGAGUUUUGGACGUAAAGGACGUGGACAAAGUCAUGUCUGAAGGUUUGGGUAUGAGAUAUGCCUUUUUGGGUACAUUAGAAACCACCCACUUAAACGAACAUGGUUUCGUCAACUACUGUAAACGAUAUGCUGAUACUAUCUACGCCGUCAGCAAAGAUUUUAAACCGACACCGAAAUUCGAGGGACCUCAUGUUCUUGAAAUUGCAAAGCAAUUGGAAGCUGAUGUUCCACUAGAUAAACUACAGGAAAGAAGAAACUGGAGAGAUCUGUGUCUCACGAAACUGAGUCAGCUAAAAACCGAGAUGAAUAAACUUAAAUAAGUUGUCUUUGUUCGAUUAAAUUCAUUUUCAAAUAUAUUAUUAUCAUAAUAUUGUUAUAAAGAAAUGACAAACAUGCACCACAAGAUGUUAAAUUUGACAAGCUAAUGACCAAGGCUAACUUUUAAAACUGUAUUUCCACGUCACUAUAUUUUUUGUUGAAUUUUAAUAAAACAAAUUUUAUUAUUAUUUGU